AUGGCAGCGCAGAAGGGUAAGAAGGCUUCGGCUUCGAAGAAGUCUCUCAGCACCAAAAAGAACUCCCCCCCUCCGCAAUUAGUCGCCUCUAUCGCUACGUUCUUGUCUGAAAACGGCUUCGAGAGCACGAGUAAGGCUUUUGCUAAAGAGCAGGCCGAUAAGUCAAUUUCCCAGACCAAUUCGAAGAAGGCCCCGUCUUUGCUCGAAGUCUUCCAGAACUGGACCAAGAAAUCGGAAGAGUCCUCCAGUUCCAGCUCUAGCUCUAGCUCCAGCUCCUCUAGUGAAAGUGGCAGCGACAGCAGCUCCGAUGAGUCCAGCGAUUCGGACGUCGAAAUGGGCGAUGCGCAAUCCAAGAAGUCUUCCCGCUCGUCGUCUUCCUCUUCCUCUUCUUCCUCUUCCUCAUCUUCCUCAUCUUCCUCCUCGAGCUCCGAUAGCGACGCUGAUGACGAGGAUAAUGCGCCGGCCGCUGGUCGCAAGUCAACCGGUGUGAAGCGCAAGGCCGAGUCUAGCUCCUCUGAGUCGGACUCAAGUUCCUCGGAAUCGGAAAAGGAGGCCCCUAAAGCUAAGAAGGCUAAAAUUGAGUCCACCAAGAAGGACUCCUCGUCUUCUGAGUCCUCUGAUUCUUCUUCGUCGGAAUCCGCCAGCUCCGAAAGCGAAUCGUCGGAGAAUAACAGCGAUCCUUCUUCAUCCUCUGAUUCUUCUGACUCUGACUCUGACUCCUCUGACUCCUCUGACUCCGAUCCCGACUCCGAUUCUUCCGAUUCUUCAUCUUCUGAGAAGAGCCCUGCCAAGAAAGCCGACAAAAAGGCUCUGAAGACUGCUGUCAAGACACCCUUGCCCGCAUCAGACUCCAGCUCUAGCGACUCUUCGUCUGAUUCUUCGUCGUCCAAUGAAGACUCCUCGGAAGAUGAGUCCUCUGACAAGAAGAAAAAGGAUGACAAGUCAUCGGAAUCAUCAAAGUCUUCUGACACCCUCCAAAACUCCGAUUCUGACGAGCAGAAGCCGGUCAACAAGGCUGCCGAAAAUACCCGGGAAUCUUCGUCGAACGCAAGCCCGGUCCCUGGAAACAAUCGUGCUAAGAAGCAUAUCGGUGCCCGUCAGACCCCUCUCGCUGCUCUGAGUGAGCUGCCGCACGACCAUCCCUCGAACACAUAUAUGUCCUACGCUUAUGCAGACAAUGCCUACAAAGACUUGUCGGUUACUCGCGGCAAGGGAUUUACCAAGGAGAAGAAUAAAAAGAAGCGUGGUUCUUACCGCGGUGGUCCUAUCGACAUCUCCGGAGGAAAGUCCUUCAAGUUUGAGGAUUAA